AUGCAGACUUCAUGCUGCCUGGGAAGCGCUCAGGCAACGCAGCCCAGGCGCCACAAUGUGGUGGUCACCUGCUCCCAGCAGCUACAGGCGCCCGCCACACGGCGGGGAGUGCUGGCUGCGGCUGCGGCGGCGCUGCUCGUGGCGGUGCAGCCGGCGGCGGCGCGUGCGGCACCCGUCCCACCGCCGCCGGAGAUAGGGGACUGCUUCGAGUGCCUGGGGGAGGUCAACGAGACGCUCAACGCCUGCGACCUGGGCUCCUCCUCCUGCAUCUCCACCCUGUCCGACGACGAGCAGCACUUUGCCGCACCCUGGCAGUUUGACGGCGACCGCGCCGCCGCCAUCGACCUGCUGCUGACGGUGGCCGGCGGCGGCGCCUUUGACCCGGGCCUCAUCGACACCUUUGGCGGCAUCAAGCAGACAGACGCGGCGGUGUACAUCGCCAAGGGGGUGGCGGCGGUGGUGACAGGCGGCGACAUGCCCGCCCAGCCGCGGCGCCAGCGCAAGCUCGCCACCGACUUUGUGCCCUUUGACGGGCAGCUGGUGGAGCGGCACACCACGCCCAGCGGCGCCGAGUACUUUCGCAUCACGCUGGGCACUGCGGGCGGGGCGGCCACAGAAGUGGAUGACCCCUCCACAGUCAUAGACGCAGAGUUCCUGUUCCUGGAAGGCGACAACAUUGUGAACGUGCGGGCGGCGUCGCGGGUGGAGCCGGAGGGCAAGCUGGGGUCGGGCGGCCAGCUGGCCAUCUCGUUCCGCGAGGGGCUGGUGGUGGACAAGAACGUGGCGCGGCGCCAGAUGGAGCGCCUGCGGGCGGCGCUGAACUGGGAGCUCACGCCCGUCAUUGCGGACUUCUCACCGGCCUUCAACUCUGAGGCCCCCGUCUUUUUCGAGAAGCUGUUCGACCCCUUCAACCGCCGCAACGACUUUGAGCCAUCGGGCGUGUCAUACCCAGAGGAGGGCGGCAAGUAG